AUAUACACCUCUCGUCCAUCAACAGGUUGACCGAGAGUAAUAGUCCCGAGGAGGUUUUCAACGUAUCAUUAGCGCUAGCUUCGGCCAUCGCUGCCAACGGCCCCCUCGGUGUUAGAGCGGCUAAGAGGACUAUCCGCAAGAGGCUUGAUGAAGAGUUCCCUACGUGGUUGGAGGCAGCGAGCGCCGAGCGUGCACCUUUGACGUUUACGGAAGACCAUCGAGCGGCACUGGAUUGGUUCUCUGCGAAGAAGGCUCCACCAGCACCCUUCAAGGGGAUGUGA